CGACAACCAGCUUGACCAAAUCCGGUCCUGCUCUGCUAAACAUCAUGUAAACGACCGUGACAGGACGCUCCUGUCAUAAACCCUGCCUGUUUUAACGUCAUUUACCGUAGAUACACAGAUGAAAGACCGCCCUCCUCACAAGCAGUGGUAUUAUUAAAGCAGUGUGUGCCGUUGAAACAGUCUGAUUUGAGAAUAGGGGCUAGAUAAGCAAGCAAGUAGAUACUCUGUGUGCUCAGCAUCAUUUUUAACAGCGUGUUUUGCUCUCUGAUUCUGUUCACAAUGGCACAGGUCAACAGAUGUCUGAAACAGCUGUUCUUUGGAUUCAACAUGUUGUUAGGGAUUGCAGGGUGUGUCCUAUUGGUUUUGGGAAUGAUCGCAGCACCAUAUAAUACAGAGCAUGACCAAGGAGAGUCAAUUGGCUUGACAUGGAUUAUAUCCACUGCAGUUGUUUCUGUGCUGCUCUCUUUACUUGGAGCAUAUGGUGCAUACAAAGAGAACAGUGUGAUACUGAGAGUGUUCCUUGGAAUAAUAGGCUUUGGAACAAUCCUUUUUCUCAUUGUUGGAUUUAAAGUGGCUCGUUCAAUGCCUGAGGCCAUGCAACUGAUUAAAGAAAACCUCCCUGCAAUUACAUCAGAAAUGAUGGCUGAUGCAGAGCACCGACAAACUAUCAUGGCUCUACAAGUACAAGGGAAGUGUUGUGGAAUAAUGAGUUACAGCGACUGGGAUAGCAAGAUUCCAGAGACCUGUAAAUGUUUUAGUUUCAAGUCAGACCCGUCCCAAUGUAUGGAGGUGCAAACGACUAAAGAUGGCGGCAACUGGGGAAGAUCUGACAAAUCUGAAAUGAUGUGGAUCUACAGAGAGCCCUGUGGUCCUCUCAUCUUGAAGAACUUCGACUCUGCUUUUAAGACCGUACUUGGAUUCUUCUUUGGAGUUGGUGUUUAUGCUUUGAUUGGGCAAGUGUUAUCCGUCGUGAUGAUUCGUCAGGUCAAGAAGGUGCAGUGUACUGAAGUUCCUGAGACUAUAGAAGAUGGAUAUCGUUUCACACCUCAAUUCCAGGCAAUUCGCCAUGUGGAGGGAGUUGCGGGAGUUGAACCGACGACCUUCUACCCAUAACCAGGGAUGAGGUCAGCGUUUCAGUUUUUGGCAUCCUGGCGAGAGGCGAGGAGUAGAAGGUCCUCGAACAACGUGAGACGAGGUGGAACCCCCAAAAAAUAAUAUGAGUGUUCGGAAUGAAAAGGCACAACUCACUGCUCACAGUUAAAAACAUGAUGCUUUAUUUAUCUCAUUUGUGUAUAACAUUUAUUAAAUCAUAAUAAAGUUUCGUCUGUCCAUAGCUUUUCUGGUCAUUCUGAUGAAGUCCAUUAAAACGGAGCAAAACAUCACGAUUUUUAACUCAAAUUAGAUUAGUAACGUAUCAAGCUUUUAACUAAGAAUGAAAGUCCUACCUUUUCCCCCCCUUUAAAUUCAGGCUAGAAGAGUAAGAAGUGUCCUUAGUGUGACCUUAGUGUGACCUUAUUGUGACCUUUAGAGCGAGACAUUAUGAAGCACUGUAAUAGGGAAGUUCUGCUGUAGACGCUCUGACUAAAUGAAUGUUCUGCAUCCCAAAUGGUACCCUCUUCUCUACUAGCCCAUAAGGUUCUGGUCACAAAUAGUGCACUACAUAGGGAAUAGGGUGCCGUUUGGGAAGCAAGCCAACGUAAUAAGGAAGCUCUGCUCCAACCCCACACUGACAAUAUCAUUCCCUCCUCUGUCUUCUGUCAAUACGGCUUGUAAUCAGCUUUCUGAGAUGAGCUUUGUUGUUUACGUUAUUAAAUCAUGUCUGAUUGUACACAGAUAAAUUGCUAGAUAGUAUUUCCACAGUAAAGUGUCGUCCAUCCAGAAACCAAACGUCUAGAGACUAAACGUCCAUGCAAGCAGCACUGCAGACACUGCAUUGACCACCAUGCGCUACAGUGAACUCUGAAAGUAUUGGGACAGUGACACAAUGUAUUCUGUUAUGUUGGAGUCACUGUUAUUGUAAAUAAAAUAUGUUUUAAUGAAUAGUC